AUCUGGGCGGGCUUGGAUCAAUCCUCAUUCGCUCCUUGGUCCCUUUGUGAGUGCACUACACAUAGGACACGCAAUAAUGACUGCUGCACCGUAGUUAGUGUACUUUAUGCUUUAAUGUUAGACGGCAUUUGGGACGCGGCCCCCGUGUUGUUUUGGCCAGGUCCCGGACUUUUCUACAAGCCUUGCAGCAGGAGACAAAUGUCCGAGCACUCGGCGGUGAAUGUGUGCAGGUUUAACCCCGCGCUGAGACGCUGCUAGAGCUGAUAGAGAUAAACAUCACCGAGAGAGAGAGUGUUGGUGGUCAUGGCGGAGGACAGUGAGUGGGUCGUGGAGAGCAUCGCCGGGUAUCUGGGCAGUCCCGAGUGGCUCAUACCGCUCACCGAUUUCAUAGAAAACAAAUGUUCAGUAUUCGAUGACGAGGAGGAGAAUAAAUUAUCGUAUACAGAAAUCCAUCAGCAAUACAAACAACUGGUAGAGAAGCUGUUAGAAAACUACAUGCAGGAAGUAGGCAUCAGCGAGCAGCAGUUUCUGGAUGCCUGCUCGUCUCCUUUUGCCAAGUCGAAAACUUUGCAGGCUCUGUUCCAGCCGGUGCUGGCCACAAAUGACUUUCAGCUGUUUCGCUCGCUGAUGGUGCAGAAGAAUGUGGAGCUGCAGCUUCAGGCCCUGCGCGUCAUCAAGGAGAGGAACGGAGCCCUGCCUGAAUGUUUGACCGACGGUACGGACGUGAUGAGUGAGCUGGAGCAGCAGGAGAUGCAGAUCCUCCAGGAGGUUCUCAAGCGCUCGAAAGAGGAGUACGAGGAGGAGAUCGCGCGCAGAGAGCACGUCGCGCCGAAGGUCGGCUCUACGUCCGCCAGCCUCGGUGAAGAACCGGUGAGAAACGGCACUGGCCCCCAGGCCGCCGCCCACACACCCGCCCAGCCAAUCAACAGCCUCGGGAAGAAAGAGGACAAGGUGAUUUCUGAGCGAAGUUCAGACAGUGCGUCUCCUAAAGCCUCUGAUAAUUGUAGCACCGAGACGAGGACACUACCAGCAGUCCGGGUACCGGUGAAGGGUCCCGCACCGCCGCCGAUGUCCCGGGAGAAAACCGCCAACCAGGCAGCAGAGAGCUGGUUAGAGGAGGCGCGCAAGGAAGCUGGAAUCUCCAAACCUUUCCGAGAGCUGACGGUGGCGCAGCAGGAGGAGCUGCAGCAGAGAGCUGAGUAUCUGAGACAGCAGAGGGAUAAACUGCAGGCGCUGAAGAAAGAGCAGAAAGGAAAAUCCGUGGCCGUAGAGGAAACCCCCUCACCGACCCCGACGCCCGCGCCCGCGACUCAGGAAAUCUCAGUGGAGGAGAAGAAGAAGCUGCAGAAGAGAAAACACCUGGCUGAGAAACUGAAAGAAGAAGUCAUCAAAAAGUAACGACGAUAAUAAUCUCCCUCGCCCACGAAGGGGACUGAGAUAAACACGCAGAACCAAGAGAAGACCGGGACGCUUUCACAACUCCUGAUUAGUUUUCGGCGAUGUAACAGCAAUAUGAUACAAUACACGAUACUAUAUGAUAUGAUAUGGUAUGAUAUGAUAUGGUAUGAUGUAUAAUACGAUACGAUAUGACAUGAUACGAUGUAUGAUAUAUGAUACGAUAUGACACGAUACGAUAUGACAUGAUAUACGAUAUGACACGAUGCGAUGUAUGAUAUGAUACAUGAUAUGACACGAUACGAUAUAUGAUAUACAAUAUGACACGAUACGAUGUAUGAUAUACGAUAUGACACGAUACGAUGUAUGAUAUAUGAUACGAUAUGACACGAUACGAUGUAUGAUAUACGAUAUGACACGAUACGAUGUAUGAUAUAUGAUACGAUAUGACACGAUACGAUGUAUGAUAUAUGAUACGAUAUGACACGAUACGAUGUAUGAUAUAUGAUACGAUAUGACACGAUACGAUGUAUGAUAUAUGAUACGAUAUGACACGAUACGAUGUAUGAUAUAUGAUACGAUAUGACACGAUACGAUGUAUGAUAUAUGAUACGAUAUGACACGAUACGAUGUAUGAUAUGAUAUAAGAUAUGACACGAUACGAUGUAUGAUAUGAUAUAAGAUAUGACACGAUACGAUAUAAACACAUCGAGAUGUAUCUUCCUCAAUAAACACAGUUUUAUA